GGAGUUUACCGCCGGAAAUUCUGAAACCUUUACCAUCGAGAGCGGGCUCGACUAGCUAGCUAGAGAGGCUCACUUCCUCCCCGUUAAAGGGUGGGGGCCGCCAUCUUGGGUGCGUGAAAAGUCCUUGGCGGGAUUGGUUCCGCGUGGGGGCUCUUCUGUAACUCCCCACCCACCAGGGUUUCAUCUCAGACACUUCCCUGCGUGCAGGAGGGCCUGCUGACGGCCGAUUCCUUUGUAGGUGAAGGAUGGCCCCCGCCCUCUCUUACGGGAUCCCAGGCAGAAGAAACUCUUAAAUUCUGGAAAUAGCGACCCAGUAGCAUGGCCGGCCGCCUUAAUGAAGAUCCAGAAGGAAGUCGAAUCACUUAUGUGAAAGGAGAUCUUUUCGAAUGUUCCAGAACCGACUCUCUAGCCCACUGUAUCAGUGAAGACUGUCGGAUGGGUGCUGGAAUAGCUGUUCUCUUCAAGAAGAAAUUUGGAGGGGUGCAGGAACUGUUAAACCAACAAAAGAAGUCUGGAGAAGUGGCUGUUCUGAAGAGAGAUGGACGAUAUAUAUAUUACUUGAUUACAAAGAAACGGGCCUCACACAAGCCAACUUACGAGAACCUGCAGAAGAGUUUAGAGGCUAUGAAGUCCCAUUGCCUGAAGAAUGGAGUCACUGACCUCUCCAUGCCCAGGAUUGGAUGUGGUUUGGAUCGUCUGCAGUGGGAAAAUGUAUCUGCUAUAAUCGAAGAGGUGUUUGAGGCUACAGACAUCAAAAUUACUGUGUAUACACUCUGAGCAGAUGGAGAUUUGGGAUGAGCUCAUGGUCUUUGUGUCACAUCUACUUGGCUGUAGGACCUCAAAAUGGGCAGAGGACAGUGUGUAAGGGAAUCUGUGUUACAGGCCAGAUGUGGGAUUCUGUAUUCUAAGAAGACUGGAGGGCAUUAUGCCCAAACAGUGUGGAGGAGGCUGAGGCCUGUCAGCAGGCCAGGAACCAGCUAAGCCCACCUGACCUGUUUGCUUGUCCACGACUGGAUUUGUUUGGCUGGCCACUAGGUGGCAGCAUUGAUUCUAACUCUCUUGUUUUUAAGGAGAAAUUGUGGGAGACUUGGUAAACUGUUGAGAUUCUUUGGUGUCUUGUGUUUGUGCACUUGAUGCUAGUCUGAUCAUCCUAGGGAAGGAUUGUGCUUGUUUUGUAGUUACUCAUGUAGUUCUCCACAGUCACAAGGAGCUUAUUGGGACAGGAGUGGAACAAUAAACCUUUCUGUUGGAGUCAC